AUGACUGAUAUAUAUAUAUACUAGUUCCCUGUCUAUGUAUUAUUAACUCCCACUGCUGACACGAGUUCACAUUUUCUAAUUUCUAUUCUCACACAGGUUGCAGCUGGAGUACUGGAGGAUCACCAUGGAUUUCAAUUUCACUACCAAGGAGCAAAAGAAAGCUGUGGACCAAUCCAUGUUACUGUGCUGCAAGUUCUUCAUCUCUGAAUCGCGCAACAUUGCCACACUUGAUGCAAUUGAACGAGCUGCGAGGUUGAACCCGGAAGCAGUACUUGUGAACAAGUUUCCUGAUCGAGCUUACAACAGGGUAAGGUACACCCUUGUGUCAUAUGUUCUGCAUGACUGCACUGGAAAUGCCAUAUACAGUCCCUUGCAACAAACUGUGGUGGCCAUGGCUGAGGUUGCGUUCAACGCCAUCAACCUUGAAUUGCAUGACGGGGCUCACCCCCGCUUAGGCACGGUGGAUGACAUUGUUUUCCAUCCACUUGCUCGCGCAUCGCUGGAUGAGGCAGCGUGGCUGGCCAAAGCUGUUGCAGCAGACAUUGGCAACCGAUUCAGUGUGCCUGUAUUUCUGUAUGCUGCAGCACACCCAACUGGGAAGGAACUUGACACCAUAAGGCGAGAGCUUGGAUACUACCGGCCAAAUUUCAUGGGAAACCAAUGGGGAGGAUGGACUAUGCCAGAGAGCCUAUCACAGCUGCCUGAUGAAGGACCCAUUACUGUUUCAAGAGCUAAAGGCAUCACAAUGAUCGGAGCACGCCCUUGGGUCACCCUCUACAACAUACCAAUCAUGUCCACUGAUGUAUCAGCAGCACGUCGGAUUGCGAGGAAGGUCAGCGCUCGUGGCGGCGGGCUUCCCAAGGUGCAAACACUAGGUCUUGUUCACGGUGAGGAUUCAACCGAAAUAGCGUGCAUGCUGUUGGAGCGUAACCAGAUUGGAGCUGACACGGUUCAGAACCGGGUUGAGAUGCUGGCGGCACAGGAAGGGUUGGACGUAGAAAAAGGAUAUUUCACUGACUUUUCUCCAGAAAUGAUUUUAGAAAAGUACAAGAACCUAGUCUCUGUUAAGAGACCAUGAUUUUAACUUUAGACUUGUGGAUACACAAUAAAAUUACCAAACUCUGAGAUUUUCAUUGGCUUUGCCAUUCAGUAAAUAAGAAAGCUGUGAUUACCUCAA